AUGUCAAAUUCACCGGCAUUAUACCAUUUCGGAGGAUAUCUAACUGUGCAGGAUAGUCCUUAUGUUACUCCGUUGGGUGUUGCAUUUCUUCAGGCUGGUGAAGAGAUGGGUUACGAUAUUUGCGACGUCAAUGGCGAACAGCAAACCGGUUUCGCCUUUCAGUAUACAAUGCGCCGGGGUGCUAGAUGUAGUACUGCCAAAGCAUUUGUGCGACCUAUUCAAUUAAGAAAGAAUUUUCAUCUUUCUUUGUGGAGCCAUGUGACUCGAAUAUUGAUAGAUCCGCAGAACAAAAAAGCGUAUGGUGUAGAAUUUAUUAGAGAUGGCCGUAAGGAGAUAGUGUUUGCAAAAAAAGAAGUAAUCCUCUCUGCUGGAGCUAUCAAUAGUCCGCAAUUGUUAAUGCUCUCAGGAAUAGGACCACGUGUCCAUUUAGAACAACUGGAAAUUCCUGUAAUUCAAGACUCACCUGGUGUCGGACAGAAUUUGCAGGAUCAUAUUGCAAUUGGCGGGCUCGUUUUUCCAAUUGACUAUAAGAUUAGUGUUGUUAUGCAUCGCGUUGUCAAUGUUAAUUCUGCAUUGAGAUACGCCAUCACUGAAGAUGGCCCGUUGACAUCCAGCAUUGGUCUAGAGGCGGUCGGCUUUAUUGCUACCAAGUAUGCCAAUGAGACUGAUUGGCCCGAUAUCGAGUUCAUGUUGACAUCUUCUGGAGUCAAUUCUGAUGGCGGCAGCCAUGUAAAAAAUGCUCAUGGUUUAACUGAUGAAUUUUACAAUGAAGUAUUUAGUGAACUAAAUUACCACGAUGUUUUUGGCGUGUUUCCAAUGAUGCUCAGACCUAAGUCGCGCGGAUAUAUUAGACUGAAAUCUAAAAACGCUUUGCACUACCCUUUACUGUAUCACAAUUAUCUCACUCAUCCGGAAGAUGUAGCAGUGCUUCGCGAGGGUGUCAAAGCAGCAGUUGCCUUAGGCGAAACGCACAGUAUGAAGAAAUUUGGUUCUAGAUUUCAUAGCAAACAGUUACCAAAUUGCCAGCAUAUUGCACUUUACACCGACGAGUAUUGGACAUGUAUACUAAAAAUGUAUACAAUGUCCAUCUAUCACUAUAGUUGUACAGCAAAGAUGGGGCCGGCCAGCGAUCCUAUGGCGGUUGUAGAUCCGGAACUAAAAGUCUAUGGAAUUGAAGGUUUACGCGUUAUCGAUGCAUCCAUCAUGCCAACGAUAACUAGCGGCAACAUCAAUGCACCUGUUAUAAUGAUUGCUGAAAAGGGUGCCGAUAUGAUAAAGACAAUGUGGAUACAAUCAUCCCGCACCAAAAGAGACAAUAUUACCGUUGCUACUUCUUGACAUUAAUUAAUGGGAAAAUAUUGCGUAAUACAAAUGUAUGAUUAAUCAAAAAAUUGGAUUAAAUAUAACAAUUUUAGUAAAAAGUUAUACAUAAAGAGUUUUGAAAAAAAUUAUGUAGUUUCUUUAAAAUAAGAAUAUAAUUUAG